AUGGUUGUUGUUUCUGUUCAUCUCUUUUCUAGUGUAAAGAUUGCUCCUGGCGCUGUUGUCUGCGUGGAAAGUGAAAUCAAGGGAGAUGUCACGAUUGGACCUCGAACAGUGAUUCACCCAAAAGCCCGAAUCAUUGCAGAAGCUGGACCAAUAGUGAUCGGAGAAGGAAACCUCAUAGAAGAACAGGCAUUUAUCAUUAAUGGCUAUCCUGAAAAUAUUACCCCUGAUACAGAAGAGGUGGCAGCCAAACCCAUGAUCAUUGGUACCAAUAAUGUAUUUGAAGUUGGCUGUUAUUCUCAAGCAAUGAAGAUAGGAGACAACAAUGUGAUUGAAUCCAAAGCGUAUGUGGGUAGGAAUGUGUUUUUGACAAGUGGGUGCAUCAUUGGUGCCUGCUGCAAUGUCAACACCUAUGAGGUCAUUCCUGAGAACACAGUAAUCUAUGGAGCUGACUGUCUUCGUCGUGUCCAGACUGAGCGGCCACAGCCACAGACAUUGCAGCUGGACUUCCUAAUGAAAAUCCUACCGAACUACCAUCAUCUUAAAAAGACCAUGAAAGCAACUUCUACUCCCGUGAAAAGCUGAAGACCUCCCUGCAUGAUCACCAAAAUUUGACAGCAAGGAUAUCCCGCUGUGUUUCUCAAAUUUCACUUCCCUAAGAACUAACUUGCAAGCUAUUGUUGCUUUCCCUUCUCACUCAUCCCACUGUGCAGCUUCCUUUUAUUUAUUAAAAUAGGGAAAAGUAAAAGUUGUGUUUGACAUUUU